AAGUUUAACGUUUUCUUGAUGGUUAUUUAUAUCACAUCUCAUUUCGGUUUGUAUCUCACGUCAUUAAGUUAACCCAGUUACAAAACCAUGUAACAGGAAGUAAUAUUCUUGUUUAAGACGUUAAAGCAGGCGGGCCUUCCCUGACAUCAACGUGGAGUAAAUGCUUUUCAUUAACCGGUGGCUUCCGUUGUUGGUAUUCACCUCUCGCUGCUGCCUCGCAAUCAGCCGACACCUUUACCCUCCUACGUGUGCCAUAGAGGAGGCUAGUGCUGCCCUUAGAGCCAUAAAAGAUAACAUGAACAACACACACACACACACACACACACACACAGCAAUGCAUUGGUACAAAUGUGCAGCAAAUGCAAACAUGUGGUGGCAAGAUACACAAGUGUUCUUCCGAUAAUCAUUUAUAGAGCUCGCUGGCGAAGGGCAAAGUGCUGUUAUCGCAUUCUAGCAAACAUUUUUCAUCUCUCAACAACACUCCACACCAAGCUGCAAACACCAUUAGCUCGUACAUCCAGGAGAUACCACGGGCACUUUCUGCAGCAGCGCCAAAUACUUCUUGUCGCUGUCGUCCUAUAGGGAGAUAACGAGUUCUUCUUUCUGCGCCGAUACACCCAGUCGAAGGUCCGUUAUGGGCAGCACGGUGGCUCAGUGGUUAGCACUGUCGCCUCACAGCAAGAAGGCCCUGGGUUCGAAUCCCGGUCGUCCCGGUCGUUCCAGGUCCUUUCUGUGUGGAGCAUGUUCUCCUCGUGUCUGCGUGGGUUUACUCCAGGUACUCCGGUUUCCCCCACCAUCAUAAAGACAUGCACCGCAGCCUCACCCCGGCGAAAGCAGACCUCAACUACCAGCAUGCAGCUUUCCAUCUCCUCUCUCCCUGCCAGACUGAGAACCAUUUAUCAACAAGAGUUGAGGCAGUAAUUCUCCAUAGUGGACGUUCAAUAAUUCAUUCCAAACACUCUCUCAAGCUUAUGAUUGAAGACAUUGUUACAAGAAUACAAGAUGAGAAAGCCGGAGGUGUCGCCAUCCGGACUGUCAAAAGCUUCCUCUCCAAGAUCCCCAGUGUGGUGUCAGGUGCCGACAUUGUUCAGUGGCUGAUCAAAAACCUCUCGAUUGAGGAUCCAGCCGAAGCCAUCCACCUGGGGAGUCUCGUCGCUGCCCAUGGCUACGUCUUCCCCAUCUCUGACCAUGUCCUGACACUUAAAGAUGAUGGAACCCUUUAUCGCUUUCAGUCUCCGUACUUCUGGCCUUCGAACUGUUGGGAGCCGGAGAACACAGACUAUGAAAACAACACGCCGUCCGCCUGCUCCAGCAAAACAUUCAUUGCUUUGGUUCACACAGCCAUUUACCUGUGCAAGCGCACCAUGCAGAAUAAGGCCAGGCUUGAGCUAGCUGACUAUGAGGCUGAAAACCUUGCCCGGCUGCAGAGGGCUUUCGCCCGGAAGUGGGAAUUUAUCUUCAUGCAAGCUGAGGCUCAAGUCAAGAUUGACAGGAAGAAGGACAAGGCAGAUAGAAAGAUCCUGGACAGCCAGGAGAGGGCCUUCUGGGACGUCCACCGGCCAGUGCCGGGCUGCGUCAACACCACCGAGAUGGACAUCCGCAAGUGCCGGAGGGAGAGGAACCCACACAGGGUAAAAAAGUCGGUCUACGGGGUCCCGGACGAUGGCCAGAGCCAUCCGAGUCCCGUCCACAUCAGCUCCCAGCCGGCCAGGAAGACGACCAGGGAGGACGUUCAGAAGGAGAUUACCUUCCUGAAAAUCCAGCUGGACAGACACUGCAUGAAGGUUUCCAAAGUGGCGGACAGCCUGAUGAGCUACACGGAGCAGUUCAUAGAAUAUGACCCCUUUGUGUCGGCCACAGAGCCUUCCAACCCCUGGAUCAGUGAUGACGCAUCCUUCUGGGACUUGGAGGCAAGUCGUGACCCCAGCCAGCAGCGUGUAAAGAAAUGGGGAUUCUCUCUGGAUGAGGCUCUGAAAGAUCCGGCGGGACGAGACCAGUUCCUGAAGUUCCUGGAGUCCGAGUUCAGCUCAGAGAACCUGAGGUUCUGGUUAGCGGUGCAGGAUCUGAAGCGGCGGCCGCUCCAGGAAGUGUCCUCCAGGGCGCAGGAGAUCUGGCAGGAGUUUCUAGCCGAGGGCGCGCCGAGCUCCAUCAACCUGGACUCUCACAGCUUCGAGCGCACCAGCCAGAACCUCAAAGACCCGGGCAGAUACAGCUACGAGGACGCCCAGGAGCACAUAUACAAGCUCAUGAAAAGUGACAGCUAUGCACGCUUUUUGCGAUCCAACAUCUACCAAGACCUCCUGUUAGCCAGGAAGAAGCAGCCAGCAGACCCUGAACAGGGCCGCCGCACCUCCUUGGAGAAGUUCACCCGCAGUGUGGGCAAGUCUUUGACGGGAAAGCGCCUCACGGGCCUGAUGCAGUCAUCCUGACACAGCCUGUGCUGCACAGUCACACCCUGCCGGAGGGUGAGGGCCACGCGGGAGCGGCGGCAAGGGCCCGGACAGCGGAGCCGGGCGGGCCCGGGCUGCU